AUGACUAUCUUCUUCCACCCGAAGCCCUGGCUGGGGCUGUUCCAAACCGACUUCGUUUCCCUUCUAGAGGAGCCGAAACGGCCCUCCCCCGCCGCCCUUCCUUCUGACCAACCCGAGCCGAGGUCCGAAGCAGGCCCUUCCACCGACGAGCCCGCCGCCCCUGUGUACACCGUUCUCAGCCUCCCCUCGGAGGUGCUCAACUCCAUCUUCUCGCGGCUGGAGCCGGAGCACCUCUCCGCGGCAGCGCAAGUGUGCAACAAAUGGCUGUCGCACGCGUACGAGCCGCGGCACUGGCGGCGCAUCGCGCGCCGCACCUGGCCGGGCGACGACGCGGCCUCGUUGGAGCACAUGCUGUACGAGUACAAGACGUGGCGGCUGUUAGCCACGCGGCGGCCGCGGCUGCGCACCAACGCCAUCUACGUCUCGCGCCACCAGUAUGCUAAGACGUCGAGCCGCGCGGCCACGGCCGAGCCGCAAGCCCCCGUGUUCCUGGUGACGUACUACCGCCUGCUACGCUUCUACACCGACGGCACGGUGGUGGCGCUCACGUCGCCCGAGCUGCCGCACGUGGCGUACAAGCGCGUCCGCAGGUGGCACUCGUCGGCUCUGUCCUCCGUCGACCGCGACAAGCCCGCGCCGAGCAUAGGCACGUACGAGCUCGACGAGCGCAGCCUCGACGUGCGUGUGGCGCUGCCCAUGUCGCAGCCCAAGUUCCCCGCGAUGCGCACGGGGACGAUGUACAUGCGCUUCUCCCUCGCGGGCACGGUAUCCGGGGCGUUCGACCGGCUGUUCCUCACCGAGCACUACGCGAUCAUGGACCACGACGGCGGGGACGUGGUGUCGUACGGCUCGCACGAGCUGCACGGCAAGCCGUUCCGCCUGGUACCGGUGCUGGGGUUCCGCGACAAGGUGUACCGCGAGUUCCCGCUGGACGACCACAAGGACCUGGAGCAGUGGUACGAGAUGAAGCGCGCGAGCCGCGCGGCCAAGCGGCAGCGUGCGGCGAACGGGGCGCAGGAGUAG